AAAAUGGUGGCCGAGUAAAGUCAAAGAAUAAUUUAUGCACAAGUGAUUUUGAAUUUUAUGCCAGUUCAGAAGGAAAUUGAGUUAAUCACCUUGUCAGAGAGCAAGAUGAACAUGGAUAUUUCCAAUAUCGAAGACUUAGAAAAGGGAGCCCAGGUAGCUACCAGUUUGCUACAAGAAAGAGCUAACGAUGUCCGAGCUAACAGAGUCAAUUGGCAGUCCUAUCUACAGGGACAGAUGAUAUCUCAGGAUAUUUUUGCCUUUAUUUCCAAGUUUGAUAAUGGCAAUGCUGAGACUAGAGUACAGAUGCUGCAGGAGAAUCCAUUACAGUUUGCCGGUACAUUCUUUAAUUUGAUUGGUCAGAUAGCUAAAGACCAGACACUACAGUAUAUUUUAACUAUGUUAGAUGAUAGUAUUCAGGAGGAUAAAGGAAGAGUAGAGAUUUUUAAAGAAUAUGCCAAGAAACGAAAGGAGUCUGUCUGGUCACCAUUUUUUCAUCUUCUAGAACGAGAUGAUAAGUUUAUAGUGUACCAGUCGAGUAGAAUAAUUGGUAAAAUUGCCUGCUGGAGUAAAGAACCAAUGGAUAAAAAGAAUCUACAGUUUUAUCUCAGCUGGUUGAAAGAGCAGCUCAGUAAACCAGGUAAUGAGUAUUUACAGACAGCAGCACGUUGUCUACAGAUGAUGUUGAGACUGGAUCACUAUAGAACUAUGUUUGUAGAGGUAGAAGGCAUAUCAGCUAUAAUAUCAGUAUUAGCUGGUAGUAAAGUUGGGUUUCAGAUACAGUAUCAGCUGAUCUUCUGUCUCUGGUGUUUAACAUUUAAUGUCAGUCUAGCAGAGAAAAUAAACAAGUAUAACAUCAUUCCAAUAUUAGCUGAUAUUCUCAGUGAGUCUGUCAAAGAAAAAGUGACCAGAAUUAUUUUAGCUACAUUAAGGAAUCUAAUUGAGAAGCCUGAAGAAAAGGAAAUCCAACAUGUCCAUGCUCUGUCAAUGGUACAAUGUAAAGUUCUGAAACAACUAGAGUUAUUGGAAGGAAGAAAGUUUGAUGAUCCAGAUAUUGUGGAUGAUUUGAAAUUUCUCACGGAAACUCUUCUAUCUUCUGUCCAGGAUCUCAGUUCGUUUGACGAGUAUACAACAGAAAUAAAAUCAGGCAGACUGGAAUGGAGUCCUGUUCAUAAGUCAGACAGAUUCUGGAGAGAAAAUGCCAUCAGAUUGAACGAGAAAAAUUACGAACUUUUAAAGAUAUUGGUACGUCUAUUAGACACGAGUAAAGAUCCCUUAAUCCUGUCUGUAGCAGCUCAUGAUAUUGGGGAAUAUGUACGAUAUUAUCCUAGAGGAAAAAAUGCCGUGGAACAGCUGGGAGCCAAACAGAAGGUGAUGUGGUAUUUAGGACAUGAAGACCCUAAUGUUAGAUAUGAAGCUUUGAUAGCUGUCCAAAAACUUAUGGUCCAUAACUGGGAGUAUCUGGGGAAACAGUUGGACGUAGAACCAAAUAACAUGGAAACACCUGGUAUGGCUGCUGCUAAAGGCUAA